AUGUUUAAUGAUGCAUUACGAUCUGAUCAAUUGGGUGAUUUUGGUUCCGUUGUUGGUUCAUUAGAACCUGGCAAAAGCGUUUAUGUAUCUGUAGACCUUCAAGCUCCUACUGAGCCUGGAAAAUACAUCUCAUAUUGGAGUUUGACUGAUGAUGAAGGAAAUGUAUUUGGACAUAAGAUUUGGUGUGAAAUUAUCGUUGAAGCCGACGAUCAAUCAUCGAGCAUGUCUUCCUCAAUGAUUUUCCCGGUUUUGAAUUAUGAUCAAAAAUUAGCCCAAUCUACUUCCGGUUCUAUUCAAUCUCCAGUUUCUACUGCUGAAGAUAAUAAUGACAAUGUUCCACUCCAAAAUUUCGUGAAACCUACCACUACUGAAUUACAAGGCGGGAUCGUAGAUAUUGAAAGUAUUUCGGAAUUAAAUUCUGAACUUUUUAAUUCUGAUGAUGAUGAAUCAGAUACUUCAUCUAUCAUUUCUGAUUCUUCCCAAGAUUUUAUUGUUGUCGAUAAAGAUUCUGAUGAUGAUGAGAUGGAAAAUAGUUUUAUAAAUUCUGAGGUGAGAUCCUCGAUCACUAAUUCACUUGUUAUGUCUUCUUGUGGAGAUAACACCAGCAUUCAUGAUGAUUUUAAAGAUAAACCGACAGAAGAAUUAAAGUACCAACAAGAAAUUUCUAAAUUAGCCGAAAUGGGUUUUACCGAUACCGAAACGACUUACAAUCUUUUACUUGCCUUUGAUGGGAAUAUUGAUAAAGUGAUCGACUCAUUUAUGCAGUGGGAAUAA